CAAGUUAAGAUCAGACAUUUUAAAGAGAGAGAGAGACACGAUUGGUGUUUCAGUGAGAGGAGAGGGAGAGAGAUGAAGAUGCUAGGAUGGUGGUUAAUGUCAGUGGGUUCACUUCGAUUAGCCUCAGUUUGGUUCGGCUUCUUCAACAUAUGGGCCCUUCGCGUCGCCGUUUUCUCCAACACCACCAUGACUGAAGUUCAUGGAAGGACGUUUGGCGUAUGGACACUCUUGACUUGCACUCUUUGCUUUCUUUGUGCAUUUAACCUUGAUAACAGGCCGUUAUACCUAGCUACUCUUUUGUCAUUCAUCUACGCCUUCGGUCAUUUCCUGGCAGAAUACCUUAUAUAUCAGACCAUGGCCAUAGCAAAUCUGACAACUGUUGGAAUCUUUGCAGGCACGUCCAUAAUAUGGAUGUUAUUGCAGUGGAAUACACACCAGCGAAUUGACAUUAAGCGUUCCUGAUAUUGAAACGAAGCGUAUAUUUUCUUGCUUCUCGCCGUCUUAUCAUUUUCUAUCGAUGUUGUUAGAAUGUUUCAAGGGUUUACUGUUUUAUAGAUCAUAUGAAGUUUUGGAGGAUGAGAUUCUGAUGAAAGCAUUAAUUUAUUGGCGAAAUAUUCAUUUUCUUCUUGGGUACCAA